AUGAGGCUUGGAUCUCAUUCUUUACGGCUUCUCAGCGCUCUGAGCGCUUCAGCCUUAGCGUACUUGUCUUCCAACGACCAACAACCCCUUGCCUCCUCUCUCGAUGCCAUACCCAGCCGCGAGGAUGCUCCGUCUUACCGCGUCUCCUUGCUCACCCUCCACCGCGACCUCGUCAACAUCCCUUCCAUCAGCGGCUCUGAAGCCGACGUCGCUUUGUUCCUAGAAAAAUGCCUCACCCGCCUGAACUUCACCGUUACUCUGCAACCGCUCCCUAGACACGUCAGCAGCCCGGCCCGAUUCAACGUCAUCGCCUGGCCGGGCCGUGACCACAUCCCCCCAACCCCCUUACACAACCGCGUUCUCAUCACCUCGCACAUCGACGUCGUCCCACCUUUCCUCCCGUACGCGCUCAACUCGACCCACAUCCCACCCUCCCAACCCCUCAACUUCACCACUCUCCACCCAUCAACCCUCAUCUCAGGCCGCGGCUCCGUCGACGCUAAAGGCUCCGUCGCCGCCCAAAUCACCGCCAUCACCCUCCUUCUGCAAUCAGGCUCCAUCCCGCGCGACAGCAUAGCCCUCCUCUUCGUCGUAGGCGAGGAGGUCGGCGGGAAGGGCAUGAAGUAUUUCUCAUCCUCCCUCCAGCACUCGUCCCCUCCCCAGAAACUGAAGGCGGCCGUGUUCGGCGAACCGACAGAGGGCAAGCUCGCCUGCGGCCACAAGGGCAUUGCCUCUGCGACGGUGGUGGCGACCGGCAAGGCCGGGCACUCGGGGUACCCCUGGCUGGGGAAGAGCGCAACGGCGGUGUUGGUCAGGGGUUUGGGGAGGUUGCUUGAUGCGGAGCUUGGGAGCAGCGAGAGGUAUGGGAAUACGACAGUUAAUGUCGGGGUUAUUGAGGGCGGGGUGGCGGCGAAUGUGAUUGCCAAGGAGGCGAGGGCGAGGUUGGCGGUGAGGGUUGCGGCGGGGGAUCGGAGGACGGGGGCGGAAAUUGUUGGGGAGAGGAUGAGGAGAGUGUUGAAGGAGGUGGAUUCCGAGGCGCUGACAUUGGAGGUUGGGGGUGGCUAUGGGCCCGUGGAGUGCGAGUGCGAUGUUGAUGGUUUCGAGACGAUGGUUGCCAACUAUGGGACGGAUGUGCCCAACCUUGAGGGGGACCACGUCAGUUACCUGUACGGACCGGGCAGUAUCCUCGUGGCGCAUGGUGAUGACGAGGGCCUGACCAUCAAGGACCUGGAGGAUGCAGUGGAGGGCUACAAGAGGCUGAUCAAGCAUGUUGUGGAGGCUUAA